AUGCCCCAGCCCCCACGGAAGAAAAGGGCACGAGCUGUUGCCACUGUGGAGAGUGAGGAGGCGUUGAAGAAGAGAGUGGAUGUGGAAGUGGAAGUGAAGAUUCCUGAAGAAUUAAAACCAUGGCUGGUGGAGGACUGGGACUUGGUCACUAGGCAGAAGCAGUUGUUCCAACUCCCUGCUAAAGAGAAUGUAGAUGCCAUUCUUGAGGAGUAUGCCAAUUGUAUGAAGUCACACGGAAGGGCUGAUAAUAAGGAGUAUGCAGUUGAUGAAGUUGUGGGGGGGAUAAAAAAGUAUUUCAAUGUGAUGCUGGGCACUCAGCUGCUCUACGAGUUUGAAAGGCCCCAGUAUGCUGAGAUCCUGCUGGCUCACCCUGAUGUGCCAGUGUCACACAUCUAUGGGGCACCACACCUACUGAGAUUAUUUGUGAGAAUUGGCACAAUGUUGUCCUAUAAGCCCCUUGGUGAGAAGAGGGCAGUGUUGGCCAAUACACCCCUCGAUGAGAAUAGCCUUCCAUUACUGCUGGGCUAUUUGCAUGAUUUCCUUUAG